AUGACCCCGGCCCCGGAGGCGGCUGAACAGUACAUCGGAGAGACCUUCGUCGGCCCCGAUCAUGACACCGGUCCCUAUCCCAUGUUCCGAGCACAAGAGCCCUGUGACUUUUGUCGGCAUAUGGGCUUGGACUGUUUUGUUGCGAAACGUGGGGUGAUGAACAACGGAUGUACCUGUUGUAUCUCACUCUACCGUGAGUGCAGUUUUACCCACGUCAAGGUUCCGGGCAGGUUCCUUCAGACUUUACAUCCUGUGACUGAAAAUGCCUAUAUUCCUACCGGUGGUCUGACUGGGAAACGUGCUCUCAAGUCAGUCUCAUACGGCACCUUUGGCGACGAUUCGGACGGGCGCUCUCGCAAGAGUAACGCUCGAUUCUCUCGCAAAGCUGUGAACAUUCUUAAAGGCUGGCUUCGCGAUCAUAACGAUAACCCGUAUCCCAACGAAACCGAAAAAGACCAAUUGAAGCAGAGCACAGGUCUGAACAGAACGCAAAUCUCUAACUGGCUCGCCAACGCGAGACGCCGCGGCAAAGUCCGUCCUGCGAACGGGACUGAGUUCCCCGUAUCUGAAGCUGUUGAGAUCCCGGGAUCACAACCCAAAGAUCUCUCUCUCAUGACUCCCAUUGAACGUUGGAAGUACUCUCCUCCUGAGAAUGAACCGGCUGCCAUCAGUGAUAUUAAGCGCUCUCUGGCCAACCCUCCAUUCGAUCCCUCGCGUCACCGGCUGACCCAGGCUGGUCACGUGCGCCGCCGGCCGGGGUCUAGCACCAAUGAGUCAAGCCAUGCAAGCUCAGAACAUAAAAGAUAUGAUGCCUCGGGCAGUAGUGUGGAUACCAGUCGGUCAUCUCGCUCUGACCUUUCUUUUGCUUCUGCCUUUUCUCAUCGAUCCUCCCUGGGGUCAUUUGGCUCAAUGGAUCGAAAAGAACGUCGUCGUCGCCGGAAGGCUUCGGUGCCUGUCAACACUUUCAAUCAACAGAAGGCUCGAGCUGUUCGUCCCUUCCAAUGUACCUUCUGUACUGACUCCUUCGCUGCAAAAUAUGAUUGGCAACGCCAUGAAAAAUCCAUGCAUCUCAUUCUCGACAAAUGGACUUGCUCUCCUCAUGGCGGCGUAACCGAGGAGAAUGGUAUACUUCGAUGCGUCUUCUGCUUGGCAGUUAAUCCAGAUAGGGAUCACCUUGAAAGUCACAACUAUCUUAGCUGUCAGGAGAAGUCUAUCCAGGAGAGAAGCUUCUACCGGAAAGACCAUCUCAACCAGCAUCUUCGAUUGAUGCACAAUACCAAAUUUCAACAUUGCAUGGACAAAUGGCAAAGUAGUAUCACAGAAAUCAACUCUCGCUGCGGCUUCUGUGGCUCUACGUUACAUACUUGGAAGGACCGAGUGGACCAUCUCGCGAGCCACUUCAAAAAUGGCGCCUCUAUGGCUCAAUGGCAAGGCGAUUGGGGCUUUGACGCCCAUAUCCAAAAUCGAGUCGAGAACGCCAUCCCGCCAUAUCUAAUCGACUACGAGUGGAGGUCUCUCGAUCCUUGGACCACAGUCCAAGCCCAAGGAGAUGACAACACACCAACGCUUCCUGUCCCCAACGAUGCCAAUUGCUACUUGCGUCUUUCUCGCGAGCUCACUGCGUAUAUUCAUAACCAAACUGCUCAGGGGAUCGUCCCGACAGAUCAGAUGAUACAGGCUGAAGCUCGUCGAGUCAUCUAUGGCAGCAGCGAGGACGCUUGGAAUCAGACUUGUGCAGAUAACGCGGUCUGGCUGAGCAUCUUGAAGCGAGACACCGGGCUGGAGACUGCCGUGCAAAGUAACAGUAUCCAACUUUCCGACCUUGGCCUGCAGCCUCCAUUUGCUGUUCAAGGUGGCUUACGUGCCCCUCCACGAGAGAUCAAUAUACUAGCGAGGACUGUGUGUCGAGGGGCGCUUCCUAGUCCCUCGGUGUCCAGUCCUGGUAUACGAAGCCCGGCGCUUCCUGGGACGGGCUUUUCCUCUGCUGCACCCAGUGGACAGGCUAGCCUUUCAGGAAGUUAUGCUGAGAGUGCAGGGAUGCUGUCAGCUGGGGUGCCAGCAUUCGCCUCUGAUUGGGGUAGUAGCCUUACAGGCAACGCUUCGUCCUCUUCUGCUCCUGCAGAUGGGGCAAAUGAUCCCCUGGUGCAGAUGGGCUUUGACCCAGAGUUCCUGCAACGACUGAACGACAGCUACAGUGAUCUUACGCCUCCCGAUCUAGAAACCGUGCCUCUGGGAGGUCCUGGUGAAUUUGAGGAUACUGGAAAGCAGUCGUGGUUGGAUCUGUCCCGGACCCAGCCCACGUUGGGUGUGCCUCGCUCGAAUUCAAUUUCUUUGAUGUAUUCGCAAGAGGACCACGAUCCUACGUCAGAUGGUGCCCAAGGAGGCAUGCCUACAUUUCAAGACACCCCUGGCAACUUGUGA